AUGGAGAGAGUUAACAAAGUAUAUCACGCAUCACGCAAUUUUGUGUUCAAGUAUAUUCUGGCGCUACUGUGGACCAGUUUCAAUUUUGUCGUUUUCUGUAAAGCGUUUAGUAACUAUCACCAGGAUGCAGAAUACUACUACCUUGCCAGAAUCCUUGGAAACGGCUUGUGCGUGUCCCGUGGAACUGCCCCAGUACUUAAUGUGACCAUGGCCCUCAUAACCCUGCCCACAAGUAGAUCGUUCAACCUGCUGCUACACAAAAUAUUCGGAAAAUGCUCUUUGCGCCUAUUGGUGCACUACUUGGAAAGGGUUAAGGUGUUGCAUUUACUUAUGGGAGUGUCUCUAAUCAUCGUUGCAAUCAUUCACAGUGUAGCGCACUUUGCAAACAUAAUCAAUUUCGUAAGCAAUUACGACGAACGCUAUCGAGAGAUAAACUGGGCGAAUGGGCCUGAUGACAAUGUCUUUCGCUUGCUGUUUGCCACCCCGACGGGAUUUUCCGGAUGCAUUAUGCUGCUGAUUCUCGGAGCAAUCGCUUGGCUUGCCAGACGCUCGGUGCGGGAUCGUUUCUACAACCGAUUUUUGACGUCACACCACCUUUUUCUAGUGUUCUAUGGCAUGAUGUUUUAUCAUCCCCUCAGCAACAUAAUUAAACACCAAACCAACACCGACAGACACAAGAUCAUGUGCGAUACGGUCGAUAACGCCACGUUGCACAUAAACGAAGAUCUCCUGGUUCUGUGUGAAGAACCGCCCCAGUUUGCUGCGGAGGUGAAGCGCGCCUGGAUUUGGCCGUUGAUCGGUUUAAUGAUUUAUUUCGUCGACAUUAGCUUCCGCUAUCUGACCUCACACUCGCACCGGUAUCGCGUGAGGACCGAACAAAGCUACGCGAUGGCCGGCUAUGCAGUGCAUCUUCGGUUGCAGUUUCUUCGCAAAUCGACCGUUAAGGUCCUCCCGGGACAGUACGUUCUGCUGCAGUGUCCAUCGAUUUCGACCCUGGAGUGGCAUCCGUUCACCAUAACGGAGAUCCCGAUGGAAGGCAGAAAUAACGUAACGCUGACCAUCAAAGUGCGUGGUGAUUGGACCGGGGAGCUCUAUGAGAGGGUGGUUCAGCGGGAGCAGUUCCGCCGGAGUCUCGGUGGUAUUGAUCCGUACCGUCAGCUAGAUUUUCUCCUCGACGGCCCGUACCCGUCAGUGAUGACAACGAUGCUGGAUUACAAGCGAAUUCUAUUCAUCGGUGCCGGCGUUGGUAUUACGCCUUUCGUGACGAUCUUGAGACGACUCUUGACCUCCAACAUAGACAAUCCGGCUCGGGUACAUCUCGUUUGGAUAGCGCGCAGUCUGGAAACGUUCCUGUGGUUCGCGGACGAUAUAGCCCGAUUACAGGAAAAGUUCUGGAGCCAAAACAAACCGGAUCGCUUCAGGGUAAAGCUCUGCUGGACGCAGAACUACGAUGAAGCACUUCUAGAGGAGUGUUUCGGCGAUAUGCCUGCAAUUAAAUCGCGCAUGCAUCGUGGCCGACCGGACUGGGACGAAAUCUUCCUCGAUUUGGUAACGUUGUAUCCUAAGAAGCUGGUGUCGGUAUUCAGUUGUGGUCCUAAGGAGCUCACCAAAGAGAUCCGGGCAAAGUGCAAAGAGUUCAGCAGACACGGGUGUACACUAAGCUACUUUCACGAGGGAUUUGGAUAA